GCCAUGAUUGGAGGGUUGUUCAUCUAUAAUCACAAAGGGGAGGUGCUCAUCUCCCGGGUAUACCGAGAUGACAUCGGGAGGAAUGCAGUUGACGCCUUUCGGGUCAAUGUUAUACAUGCUCGGCAGCAGGUGCGCAGCCCCGUCACCAACAUCGCUCGUACCAGUUUCUUCCAUGUUAAGCGGUCUAACAUCUGGCUGGCGGCUGUCACCAAGCAGAAUGUCAAUGCCGCCAUGGUCUUCGAAUUCCUCUAUAAGAUGUGUGACGUAAUGGCUGCUUACUUUGGCAAGAUCAGUGAAGAGAACAUCAAGAACAAUUUUGUGCUCAUAUACGAGCUACUGGAUGAGAUCCUGGACUUUGGCUAUCCACAGAACUCUGAGACGGGGGCGCUGAAAACCUUCAUUACUCAGCAGGGCAUCAAGAGCCAGCAUCAGACAAAGGAAGAGCAGUCCCAGAUCACCAGCCAGGUGACGGGGCAGAUUGGCUGGCGUCGGGAAGGCAUCAAGUAUCGCCGAAAUGAGCUCUUCCUGGAUGUGCUGGAGAGUGUCAACCUGCUCAUGUCUCCGCAAGGGCAGGUGCUGAGUGCCCACGUGUCAGGCCGGGUGGUGAUGAAGAGCUACCUGAGUGGCAUGCCUGAGUGCAAGUUUGGCAUGAAUGACAAGAUUGUCAUCGAGAAGCAGGGCAAAGGCACAGCUGACGAAACAAGCAAAAGUGGGAAGCAAUCAAUUGCCAUCGAUGAUUGUACCUUCCACCAGUGUGUGCGACUCAGCAAGUUUGACUCUGAACGCAGCAUCAGCUUCAUCCCACCAGAUGGAGAGUUUGAGCUCAUGAGGUAUCGCACCACCAAGGACAUCAUCCUUCCUUUCCGAGUGAUCCCACUGGUGCGGGAAGUGGGGCGCACCAAGCUGGAGGUCAAGGUGGUCAUCAAGUCCAACUUCAAGCCCUCAUUACUUGCCCAAAAAAUUGAGGUGAGGAUUCCAACUCCACUGAAUACAAGCGGGGUGCAGGUGAUCUGCAUGAAAGGCAAGGCCAAGUACAAGGCCAGUGAGAACGCCAUCGUGUGGAAGAUCAAGAGAAUGGCGGGCAUGAAGGAAUCGCAGAUCAGCGCUGAGAUUGAGCUUCUGCCUACCAAUGACAAGAAGAAAUGGGCACGACCCCCUAUUUCCAUGAACUUUGAGGUGCCAUUCGCACCUUCUGGCCUCAAGGUGCGCUACUUGAAGGUGUUUGAACCGAAGCUGAACUACAGCGACCAUGAUGUCAUCAAAUGGGUGCGCUACAUUGGCCGCAGCGGCAUCUAUGAGACCCGCUGCUAG